AAAACGCUUGGGGGUGUGACGUCAUCGACGUGCGCCGCGCUCGGUCUGCGACCACAACAACGCCAGAAAACCCUCACUUUUAUCGAUAUCAUCGAUGGUGCAAUAUUGAUCGGACUUUAUUCGCACAGCCUCAGAGGUUCUGCUCACCUCGUCCCUGAGACCGACACACGACAUUUUUCAGUGCCCGGAUUAGAAAAGUUCUUCCACAGAAUUCCGUUUCCGAGAUCCAGCGUCUGCGCGUCGAUGGAGGAGUGCUGCUAGAAGCCCAGAACGGGUGGAGAGGCUCCCGGGAGGAAUGGGGUAGGGUUCUCGAUGAGGGUCCCGGCAGCAAACAGCUCCGUUAGGGCAGAACCGGGCGAGAUGCCUGAGAAUGGACGCUCCAGGAGGAAACGGGUGCCGAAGACGUGCGACUGCUGCGGGCCCCACGGCAAGCCCCUCGCACCGGGACACCAGCAGGUGUCCAAGAAACGCGGCCGCAGGAAGAAAGAGAUGCUGAGCCAUGAAGAAGAAGAAGAAGUGGCGGCGGAGGAAGAGGUGGUGAGCUCCACGGCAGCGGAGGAAGAGGAGGAGGUGGUGACUUUAGAAGCAGACGCCGCUUCAGAGAUGGACGAGGCUCCGUCUCCUAAAGAGAAGCCAGAGCUGUCCCAGACUGAGAGAGGGAGGGCGAACGGCUUGGAGAACAGCGACACCAAAGAGCUGAGCAGCUCUGCCGCACACAAUGACUUGAUGAAGAAACCCCACACAGAGCCGGACGCAAUGGAAACCGCGUCGCCUGGUCUGAGUGCUUCCUGGGACCAUCACUACUGCAGAGCCCUCGCUGAGGAGCACAGGAGCGACUCCACGGAGGACACGGGACAGUCUGCUCCACUGCCUCCGGCUGAGUUCACCACCGAGGGCAUCAUCGAAUGCAUUCAUGACUUCCUGGAGCAGUUCUAUGGGAAAUACGGUAGCUUCACUCCGUUGAGUGAGACAGACGUCCUCGAUCACCUAAGUAAGACGUUUCAGUCGGAUCUAAACGACAGGAUGAAGCUGAUAACAAAAGAAGUGGCCAAGUACAGGGCUGGUCUGGCCUGUGCUCCUAUGCAUUUCUUCCAAGUGACCUACAACAAGCACACUUUGACCUUAGAUGACCUUUCGACACUUGAUGACCAAAACUGGGUCAAUGAUCAGGUGAUUAACAUGUACGGAGAACUGAUCAUGGAAGCUACAAACCAUAAGGUUCAUUUCUUCAACAGUUUUUUUUACCGACAGUUCGUAGCAAAAGGUUAUGAAGGAGUGAGACGAUGGACCAAAAAGGUUGAUCUGUUUUCUAAGUCCCUGCUCCUGAUUCCUCUGCACCUGGAAAUCCACUGGUCGCUCAUCACCGUGGACGUCUCCAAGCAAAGCAUCAACUUCUACGACUCCCAGGGCAUCCUGUUCAAGUUCGCUGUGGACAACAUCCUGAAAUACAUCCUGGCUGAAGCCAAGGAGAAGAAACAAGCCGUCUUUCAGAAGGGCUGGAAGAUGGUGGUCAACAGGACCAUCCCACAGCAGAAGAACGACAAUGACUGUGGGGUUUUCAUCCUGGAGUACUGCAAGUGCCUGGCGUUCAUGAAGCCGCUGCUGUUCACUCAAGAGGACAUGCCACGCGUGCGCAAGAGGAUCUACAGAGAGCUGUGUGAGCGCAGACUGUCCGACUGUCUCAACCAACACAAGGCCACAUAGACUCCACUGGACCGCCAACACAGCAGGAGAGACCCAGAGCUGGAGGUUCCCCGUGUUUGAGCCUGUCCCAUCAUUCCUGUCGCUCUGCUGGAGUUGGUCAGGUCACGUUUACCUCUUGGCAGUACUUCAGCGGCUCAGAAAUGCCUUUCUCCAGCC